GUGUGUGUGUGUGUGUGUGUGUGUGUGUGUGUGUGUGUGUGUGUGUGUGUGUGUGUGUGUGUGUGUGUGUGUGUGUGUGUGUGUGUGUGUGUGUCUGCCAGGCUGGCCAGCUGGAGCACUGUUUGUGGGUUUUAGUACCCAUCUGUGUGGGAGAGACUGUUAACAUGAGAAUCCAUGGCUAUUAUUUUGGAGAAUGUCACUGUGUGUGUGUGUGUGUGUGUGUGUGUGUGUGUGUGUGUGUGUGUGUGUGUGUGUGUGUGUGUGUGUGUGUGUGUGUGUGUGUGUGUGUGUGUGUGUGUGUGUGUGUCGUUCUCAGCAGCAGUGUGACUGGGCCAGGCAGGCUGGUCCCUAGUGACCUUCUCUGUGAGACAUGGCCACAUAAGGCUGUGGUUCAGUGGGUUGUCAAACCCGUCUCUGCCCAGCGACAGAUGGACCUGCUCCACAUUUCACCACUCUGCGUGUUGCUGUGUCUGUCUGUUGCUGUGUCUGCCUGUUGCUGUGUCUGUCUGUUGCUGUGUCUGCCUGUUGCUGUGUCUGCCUGUUGCUGUGUCUGCCUGUUGCUGUGUCUGUCUGUUGCUGUGUCUGCCUGUUGCUGUGUCUGUCUGUUGCUGCGUCUGCCUGUUGCUGUGUCUGCCUGUUGCUGUGUCUGUCUGUUGCUGCGUCUGCCUGUUGCUGUGUCUGUCUGUUGCUGCGUCUGCCUGUUGCUGUGUCUGCCUGUUGCUGUGUCUGUCUGUUGCUGCGUCUGCCUGUUGCUGUGUCUGCCUGUUGCUGUGUCUGCCUGUUGCUGUGUCUGCCUGUUGCUGUGUCUGCCUUUUGCUGUGUCUGCUUGUUGCUGUGUCUGCUUGUUGCUGUGUCUGCUUGUUGCUGUGUCUGCUUGUUGCUGUGUCUGCUUGUUGCUGUGUCUGCCUGUUGCUGUGUAUGCCUGUUGCUGCGUCUGCCUGUUGCUGUGUCUGCCUGUUGCUGUGUCUGUCUGUUGCUGUGUCUGCCUGUUGCUGUGUCUGCCUGUUGCUGUGUCUGCCUGUUGCUGUGUCUGCCUGUUGCUGUGUCUGCUUGUUGCUGUGUCUGCUUGUUGCUGUGUCUGCUUGUUGCUGUGUCUGCCUGUUGCUGUGUCUGCUUGUUGCUGUGUCUGCCUGUUGCUGUGUCUGCCUGUGCGUGUGCAUGCGCGCAUGUGUAUGUGUAGUGUGUCCUCUGUGUGCGUGAAGCUAUGUGGACAUUUCAAGAGGCUGAAAGUUCAUGGGCCGGGGAAUCCUGAGUCCGUGACCUUCAUGGGUCUCAACGCCAGAUUCUUCCUGAAGUUCUUCCUGAAAUGCAACCAGAACUGUCUGAAGAACGCGGGGAACCCACGGGACAUGCGCCGCUUCCAGGUGGUGGUGUCUACUACGGUCAGUGUGGACGGACAUGUCCUGGCGGUCUCUGACAACAUGUUUGUCCACAACAACUCCAAACACGGCCGCAGGGCUCGUAGGCUGGAUCCUUCGGAAGGUCCGUCUUACCUGGAGCAUGCAGCUGCCCCCUGCAUCAAAGCCAUCAGCCCCAGUGAGGGCUGGACAACAGGGGGCGCAACUGUCAUCAUCAUAGGGGACAACUUCUUCGACGGACUCCAGGUCAUCUUUGGCACCAUGCUGGUCUGGAGUGAGCUCAUUACGCCCCAUGCCAUCCGUGUACAGACUCCGCCCCGCCACAUCCCAGGGGUGGUGGAGGUGACCCUCUCCUAUAAGUCCAAGCAGUUCUGUAAAGGCACUCCCGGACGCUUCAUCUACACAGCUCUGAAUGAACCCACCAUCGACUACGGUUUCCAACGACUGCAGAAGGUCAUCCCCCGGCACCCUGGAGAUCCAGAACGCCUUCCAAAGGAAGUGAUUCUGAAGAGGGCAGCAGACCUCGUGGAGGCUCUGUAUGGGAUGCCUCACAACAACCAGGAGAUGAUUCUGAAGCGUACGGCGGAUAUAGCGGAGGCUCUUUACAAUGUUCCCAGAAACCACAACCAGUUGAGCGGCCUGGGCAACAGCUCCGUCCACGCAGGCAUGAUGGGGGUCAACUCCUUCCCUGGCCAGCUGGCCGUCAACGUGUCCGAGUCCUCCCAGGGAGCCAAUCAGGGUGAGGGGGCGGGUCGAUACGGGUGUGGUGCUAUCGUCAUAGAAACCGGUUUCAGUCGGAACACGAGCAGCGUGUCUCCACAUGGCUAUGUGCCCAGCUCCACCCCCCAGCAGAGUAACUACAGCUCUGUGACCACCAGCAUGAACGGCUACGGCAACACUGGCAUGUCCAACCUGGGAGGAUCCCCCAGCUUCCUCAACGGCAGCGCUGCCAACUCGCCCUAUGCCAUCGUUCCCUCCAGUCCCACCAUGGCGUCCUCCACCAGCCUGCCCUCUAACUGUAGCAGUUCCUCUGGGAUCUUCUCCUUCUCCCCUGCCAACAUGGUGUCGGCCGUCAAGCAGAAGAGCGCCUUCGCCCCUGUGGUGCGACCUCAGACCUCACCCCCACCCACCUGCACCAACGGCAACGGUCUCCAAGAUCAGUCUUUUGUGGACUCUAGCAAGUACUCCACAGCCAGCUCGCUGCAGGGCCUGGCCUUUUCCUGAACAGUGAUUCCUGGAAUGAUCGUUCCUCCCAUGUAAGCGAUGUUUGGGUAUGAGAGGAAAGACGCGUGGAUCUCAGCAUGUACCCAAGGCUCCAGUUUAGGACUGGUUCGUCAGUCCUGCGUUGAAGGAAUAGAACCCGUAACUCAGGCCCUUUUUUUAAAAGGAAUCACAUUUGAACUUUAAAAGGAGAAAAAAGAAAUAAGAAGAAAACGCAGCAUUUACAACAAACUCUUUGGAAUUCGUAAGAGUUGAACCCAAGGUCACAGAUUACCCAGAAAACCCAACCCAGCUAAACAUGAGUUUUAUUUAUUUGGGAGAGGAUUGACAUAUCCUUUUAUUGAGUGUUUUACCUUUGUGCAAAACACUAUGUAUUUCCCAUCUUCAAUGUGUAAUAUACACAAGUGAAAAUAUUAGAGAGAUUUUUUAUUUAUGAAUCUGAAAAAGAUAAAUUAAUAAAUUGUUUGAGAAUGAUAGAAGACAUUAAAAUGUGAGUUAAAUAGUAAAGACUGAAUUAGAUUUAUACACUUGCUGUACUCAUGAAUCAAGGCUAGCCAAACCAGACAUUGAGACAUUUGUUUUGUACUACAGUGUGCUGGAUAGAGACGAUGCCACAUUCCCUAACUAACCCUAAGGCACAGAAAGACACGCUAGGUAGCACUAACCAUGCACCAUUGCAGAAACUCUCUGCUUUCGAGUUCUUUUGGUCGCUGCAAACAGCGCCUACUCAUUUCUCUCCCUCUCAUGCCUAGCAGAGAACUCCAUCACUACGACUAGAAGCGCUCACUCGGCACCACAGAAAGCAAGUGAUUUAUCCAUGAUGACACAUAGCCGGCCAUUCACUCCAUGUUGGCUGUAAGUGUACCGAUCGUGUCCAAGCUCCUAGGUGGUUGUCAGAGUUAGAGAGCAGAGCCUGAACCUGCUCUGGAUACCAACAGUGUCUCUACUGUGUGGUUGGGCUAUUGGACCGUAAUCUUGCUGUUGAGCCGCUCAGCCGCCCUGUAACUGUACAUUAGAAACCCUCUUGUUAAAGUGUUCUCUUUCUCUCUCUCUCUCUCUCUCUCUCUCUCUCUCUCUCUCUCUCUCUCUCUCUCAUUCUCUCUCUC